AUGGCCAAAACUAGACCCUCGAAGAAGCAAUCGAAACGAAAAGAGAAAUCAGUCCUCCGUGGCACGCGGGCAAUUCAAAAAGAAAUGAUGACCGAAGACCCCUCGACUCUAUAUGAGCAGGCGAUCGCGCUCCUCCAAACCGGACAACCGGAGGAAGCACUCGCCCUCGUCGAACGCGGCCUAAGCAUUGCACCCCCGGCGUCCUCUAAUACACUAAUCGGACUAAAUCUAGCCGGAGAACUAUAUGUCCAGCUAGGAGAUAUUGAUACCGCUAGAGAGCACUUCCUGCGCGCCGUUACGCUCGAUGCCGACGGCGUUAAACCAGAGUCGCAGGGCGGCGGAGCAGAGAAGUUUCUCUGGCUGGCGCAACUCAGUGAAGAGGGUGGCCAUGAUAGCGUGAGGUGGUUUGAGCGAGGAGUGGGUGUGUUGCGGCAGAAUAUACAGGCCCUAGAAGCAAGUAAUAGUGAAGGAGUCGCGGAGGAGCUGCAGGAGAAAAAGCAAAAACUAGCGAAUGCGCUUUGCGGAGUGAUUGAGAUAUACAUGACCGAUUUAUCAUGGGAAGAAGAUGCUGAGAGCAGAUGCGAAGCCUUGAUUACGGAGGCGCUCCUAAUGGCCCCUGAUUCGCCUGAAUGCCUACAAACGCUUGCCUCGAUUCGAAUAUCACAGCUUCGACAUGAGGAUGCAAGAGCGGCUUUGGCGCGGAGUUUGGACCUCUGGAGAGAUUUACCUCCUGACCAUCCACGUGUGCCGGAUUUUCCCGUUCGAGUCAGUCUUUCAAGGUUGUUGAUGGAGGCCGAAAUGGAGAUAGAGGCGCUGAAAGUCUUGGAGCGGAUGAUCCUUGAAGAUGACCAGAGCAUCGAAACGUGGUAUUUAGGCGGAUGGUGUCAAUAUUUGCUGGGUAAAAAGGGCCGGGAACAGGCUACGGGAUCUCCGAGCGAAGCCGCUGCAGAACAGCAACGUGCUACUCUACUAUCGAGUCGAAGCUGGCUGAGACAAGGCCUGAAGCUUUAUGAUAUGAUCCAAUACGAGGACACCAGGUUGAAAGAGCACGCCCUGGAGCUUGUUCAAGAGUUGGAACAAGAAUUGGGCGACUUGAUCGAGGACAGCGGUGAUGAAGCGGAGGCUGGCAACGAGGAUGAAUGGGAAGAUGAGGAUGAAGGCGAUUCUGCUGGCCAAGGUCGUGAUACAUUCCCUUGCUCCAUCAUGGAUGUCACGCCAAAGCCAGCAGGUAAGGAGACAAGUCCAAAGACAAAGGUUCUAGACUCGGUCGUCAUCCACUCCCGCGUUUCCAGUGAGGUGAGGGAAGCACCAGAAUCUGAUAACGCAUCUUUGUCAGACUUGUCAAGCCUGGAAGAUGGCUCUGAUGAGCAGUGGGAAACGGAAUCACUCUACGAAGAUGCUGUCCAGUUCGUAAGCGACGAACAGCUUCGCGACGGAGUGAUUCCAGGUGCAGUGACGCUGGAAGAAGCGCGGGCUCUCCGCAGCCGUUUGCGUGAAAUCGGCGUGGCACAAUUCCUCGCAGAAACCGUUUACCAUAGAAAGAUCCCGGCGAAGAAACUAUGCACUGCUUUCGGGAUCGUGCCCCCAGCUUUUCUGGACGGCUCCCCUGAUGAAACUUAUCUCAACCCUCUGUGCAUUGGAAUGAGGCGCGAGUACUCCAAACGCUUAAAGCUGCCGCAAUACAAUACGAUUGACGAUGCCGUUGAGCUGCUGAAGCGUUCCAAAAAUAUCGUUGUUUUGACUGGAGCCGGUAUUUCCACAAGCCUAGGCAUUCCUGAUUUUAGAUCAAAGGACAUUGGGCUGUAUUCGAAGCUGCAAUAUCUUGGGCUUAACGAUCCACAGGACGUGUUUGAUAUCAGCCUAUUUCUCGAGGACCCAUCUAUUUUCUUCUCCGUUGCAAAAGAUAUUUUGCCGACCGAAAAGCGAUUUUCGCCAACUCAUGCCUUUAUUAAGCUACUUCAAGACAAGGGAAAGCUACUGACGAACUUCACCCAAAACAUUGAUAACUUGGAGGCCAAUGCUGGGGUCGACCCGUCUAAGCUUAUCCAGUGCCAUGGAUCUUUCGCCACCGCAACUUGCACUAAAUGUCAUAUUCAAGUGUCUGGAGAUGCCAUCUUUGAUGAAGUCAGGCGCGGGCUGGUUCCUCAGUGUCAAGCCUGUACAGAUCAACUUAAAGUGAAGCCGCAUCAAAUGAAGCGGAAACGCAGUUCGAAUGGAUCUCAGAGAAAGGACCGAAAAAGGUUCACGGAUGACGACUCGGAUGAUGAAGACUACAGUAUUCCCCAGCCUGGCGUCAUGAAGCCUGAUAUUACGUUCUUUGGGGAAGACCUCCCUGACGCGUUUCGCGAUCGCCUCAUAAACCAUGAUCGCGACAUUGCGGAUCUCGUCAUCGUCAUUGGGACAUCGCUGAAAGUUGCCCCUGUUUCUGGAGUUCCCGGUAUUAUGCCACAAAACGUGCCACAUCUUUUCAUUUCUCGCACACCUGUCUCGCAUAUAGAUUUUGAUAUUGACAUGCUGGGCGACUGCGAUGUUGUUGUUUCCGAGCUCUGUCAGCGAGCUGGAUGGGAUUUGAAACAUGAAAUGAUACCCCCUCAACAAAAAGUUGAGAUUCAGCCAGAAGAAGGCUUUGCAUCUCGGUAUAGAUUUACCGCAAGCGUCUAG